AUGAAAACUUACCCUCCUCUUAGUAAUGAUGUCGGUAAUCAAACCGUAAAUCCAAAAGAAGUAUCCACUGGACAAGCGUCAACUCCCCAAGAACCUUCUCAACCUAAAACAUGUACUAGAGCUGGAGCAAAAGCAAAGAAAGGAGAAUUGUCAGUUGAAAAUAGUGAAGAAAAUUUGGGAGGAAACAAAAGUAUUAAGAAAGGUGGUAAAGAGAAAGAAGGGGAAGAUGAAUGUGAAGACAACAAUUCAAAAGAAAAAGAUAAUGGAGUGAAUGAAGAUACCAAACAAAUCACAAACACCAAAAAUAAUCAAGGUGGAGGAAGUGCUAAUCAAACUGAAGGACAUGUUGGAGUUAAUUGA